AUGCCCAUUUCAUUCGUGCACGACAAUGCGGCCGUACGACUAGACCUACCCGCCUCCAAGGCCAGCGUGGAAAUCUACCUCUACGGAGCCACGGUCACUAGCUGGAGGUCCAACGGCGGUCAGGAGCGUCUUUUUCUCAGCGAGAAGGCCGCCCUCGAUGGCUCGGCGGCGAUUCGCGGCGGCAUCCCGCUCGUCUUUCCCGUAUUCGGGGCACCCUCGGACCACAAGGAUGCUCCCAAAGCAGUCGAGCACCUGGCCAAGCACGGAUUCGCACGCACCCAUCGCUGGAGCCUCUCGUCGGACGACUCGACCAGCGAGUCUUCUUCCGAGGACCGGGUUUCGGUCACUCUGACGCUGCGGUCUUCUGAGCUGCCCGAGGUGGCCUCGUCGUGGCCGUUUGAAACGGCGCUCGAGUACAAGGUGACGCUGACUCCCAACGCGCUUCGUUGCCAGCUGUCGGUCGAGCACCUUUCGACGAGCACGGGCGGUGAGAUGCCGUUCCAGGCACUGCUGCACAACUACCUGCUGGUUCCCGACAGCACCAAGGCGAGCGUGCACGGCUUGCAAGGGCAGACGUGCAUGGACAAGCUCAGGGACUUUGCCAGGUCCGAGGUCCAAGAUGCCGAGGUGAGGCCGGCGGGCGAGGCCAUGGACCGAGCGCACCGGUUCGCCGACGAGGGGCGCGAGCCAGGCGAUGUCUCGCUGCACUACAACGCAAGCCUGGUCGAUGAUCCGCUCGGCCGCAUGGGCAAGGGGGUCGAGGUCAAGAGGAGCGCCAACCUCCUUGACACGGUGGUCUGGAACCCGGCCUCUGAAGGCGAGAAGGGGAUCAAGGACCUUGCGAGCGGCGAUUGGAAGUCGUUCGUGUGCGUGGAGCCGGGUGCUGUGCAGGGCUUCCUCCGACUGGCCAAAGGUCAAAAGUGGCAAGCAGAGCAGACCCUCGAGGCCUGGUAA